AUGGUCGCCACCGACGCUGUAAGCGACAGGGUGAAGAACACGAAAGAAACGCGAGCAGAGCAAACUAUUGAGGACAGGUGGCGUGACCAGUCCAGAAGAGCAUUGGAGGAUUCAAAAAUGUACCCUCCUGCUCACGCAUAUACAGGCAGGACAGUUGAGGUUACGAAAGAUCUCGGGAUGGCUUACAAGCAACUGGAUUCAAUCUUGUCGCGCAACCAGGUUCGGCAGACGCUCCGACUGACAGAGAGGCACGAGAAGAAGGGUGUAAAGCGUCGGAGGUUACGAAGCGAGCGAUGGAGAAAGCAGUUUGCAAAUGAGGUGCGAAAGAAGGUUCAAUUAGUUAUGAAAAUUCGAGACCGCGGAGCCUGA